GUCGUUUAUAACAUUCACGCUGCUUAUAUAAUCUGGGACACAAGCGAAGAAAAUUUUGAUAUUUAACGGCAUAAAACAGAAGAUUCUCUUCGCCUAAACUUUUACGAAAGGUAAGCACUAUUUCACUAGAACGUCCGUUUCGAGAAGGCGCCAUUUUUUCGUACGCUUUUUUACAAUAAAGUACAAAUAUUUUCACUGUUUGUGCGGGCAUAAACGUGGCCGAGUCGAGCAAUACUAUCACUUUAGAUUCCGCUUCGUUUGAUAAAAACGUAGCGAUUAUUUUCAGGGCUUUUAACAGCGUUGAGUUCGUAGCGAAAAGCGAGUUUUAGUUGCGAAUUCUAGCUGUUUUGGAUGCGUCGAAACGCCGUUUCACAUCGGUUCUGCCAAGCUGUUUGAAAUUUGAACCGGGGAAAUGCGAAUAUAUAAAUUUCGCCAAACGUUGGCGCGCAUUUGCCAUGUGACUUUAAAGGAGUUCUGUUUUGUUCACGCUCUCAAUUUGAACAUUUUAAACAUGAUUUUAAGCAAGAGACUUUAAUAUAAAACGAAAUUCGUUUCGCCAAACGCCAGCUAAUACGAGACAAGCAUAAUUUUUAUGAAGGGCAUGUCUUGACUAUAUUUUCCGUUUGCCGGUUUUGCAUACAUUAGAAUAUCGUAGCAAACAAAAUUCUGUAUUUCGACGGAUAAAACGCUACGCUUUUGAAAGGAAUUGUAGCAUAAAGCGAACAGAAUGCUGAAAAAUAUUGAUAGCGCAUUGAAAAUUAUCUUCCUAAUAGCCUCGCGUCUUGAAUAACUUUCAACCUGAGCGAACGCAUAUGCAUUUCAAGCCGUAUUGAAUAUUCAAAAUGUUUGCUGCGUGUAUAUAUAGUUCAUUAUUGCCGAUUUAAAAUGAAGUCAAGAGGGCAUAUUUCUACUUUUAGGCAAACACUAAAACAGUAUUUCGCUUUAAACUAUGUUUUCAUCGAAGUAAAAGCGAGCUACAAGCGUUUAAAAUGGUUUCGAGUCGCUAACCCGAACGCUGUCGAAUUUUUUUGUUGGUAAUAUAUUCCGUCGACAUGCAAAUUUCAUUUUAAACAUUCUCUUUCGAUUCCUUUCAAGAAUGCUGGUAAACAAAACAUUUUAUGAAAUAACCAUGGAAUGAAUGUGGUACAAAGCCAAAGAGCGUUUGAAAGUUUUAUAUUUGGACGUUUUUCAAACUGCAAACGAAAAUUGGUUUCGAACGACACGACACGAAUAUUUGAAACGCUUCGGUUCGCUACGGUUUUAGCUCUUUGUUAUGAAAAUAUGAAGUGUUUAUUGUAAUAAAACGCUGCAUUGUUGACUUUCCCAAUGAUACCUUAACCACAGGAUUACGAUUUCCAAUAAUUUGCCUUUUUGAAAGUUUCCACUAGUCUAUUUACGAGACGUUUUUUGCUUACGCGGCAAAAUACCUUCAUCAUGCUCAGAUUAUUGGAAAUUUUUAGUAAAUUGUUGCGAAAUUAAACAGUAUAUUAAGUCUGUUUGCUGCGCGUUUUGGCAACGGUUUUGCUUCGUUCUCUUUAGAAAUUAACAAUGUGAAAACUUGUCCUAUUUUUCAGCUAUAAUGCCAGCCAUUUCCACUUGCAGAAUGAGAAAAUAUCUUCAUAAUUUUAUAGUCGCUUAAUUGGAGAUAUAAAAAAUGACAUUGAAAUUGAUUUUUGAUAGCUUCUACAUUUCACUAUUGAUCAGAAUUUCAGAUUACUUUUCGAGGGCGUAAAGGGAUUAUAUGGCUUUGCUAUUUUUUAACUGUUCGCGCGUAGGCAAACCUAUAGCGCGUAAAAUCGUCUGCAAAUUUCUCAUCUUACUGAAAGGGCGCUCAUGCAACUAAUUAAAAACAGUUUCUUGGUCAUCUAGCUAACAACGCGCUAUUUAUUUGAAUUUGUUUUUCUAGGAAUUCUAAAUGUCUCAUUCGUGUGCUGUGCACAACAAGACAGUCUCUCUAACCAUGUGAGUCUUGGUUUAAUUUUUGUGUGUUUAAAUGGUACCAUAAAUCAUUGGUUAUGAUAUAUAUUUAUUUCAAGCUCUUAUUUUUCAAUUCUUGAUUUCUGUAGGGAGAAAUCUGUCCAGUGUGAUAAUGUUGAUGAUGAUGUUAAUUUGGGUGAUACUGAAAAAGGUAAAAUAACGUUUUAGUUAGAAAUGUCACUAACAAGAGUGCUCUUUGGAAGGUGCUGUAAAAAUGUCCAUGUACUUCCCCAUAAUCUCAGUAGAUUUCACUAUUAUUAUGAGUACAUUUACCCCACUUCUUCCCCAGACAAUAAUAUUUUUGUCUGUGGGGGUGAGUGUUUGUCUUUUCUGGAACAAGGCUUGCUUCAUAAAGUCCACUUCAUAAGGGGGCUUGUUUCUUGGGGCCCGUUGGGGUCACAGGCCCCUAGAAUCCUGGUGGGAUGUGCUUAACUCCUGGUUAUCAGUAAAUGUUUGGAUGCUCCACAACCCCUCCCCCCAACUUGUUAGGCACACCACCAAAUAAAUAUUAUGAUCACAUUUAUUUAAAUAGUAUCAGUAUACACAGAUGUGGCCUAAUUGUGAGAGACGUCAUCAUCCAUUUGGUCUAUACAGCCACUGUGCUUUUGUAGUUAUGCUAUGAUUAAACAAGAACACUAUAUUGGGAGGGUGACGGGGGAACAAGUCCACCCCCCCCACUAAUUUCUAAUCCCCUUAUGGCCCUAACGACUUCCCAAUAUUGAUAAAAUGACAAUGAUAUUUCAUAGGUUCUAAAUAAGGCAAAUUUCAUUAUUGUAAGCAAAAAGAACUUAAGCCAAGAAUUAGUACUGCAAAUUUUGUUGGCAAUACAAACUAAGCAUUGCUUUUUGAGUGAGCAUUCUUUUAAUUUUUUUUUAUUUUUUCUAAAGAAAACCAGGAAAUACAUGUCAAUCUGACUGACAAUGUUAUGACCAACAUUGCAAUGAUGACCAAUAGCCAUGCCCCACUUCCUGCAACAACACCAAUUGAUGCAAGCAUUGCCACUGACAAACUCCAACCACUUGUAAAAGCCAUUUCUGAAGAAAAGCAUGUAUUUCAGCCAAAUAUCCUUGGUAAAAGAGUGAAAGAUGACAUCAAUUUGGAAAUUCUAAACUUUUAUUCCCUGAAAGAUAAUAACCUGAGCUUCUCACUCAACCCGAAACCUGCAAGCCUGGUGACGGUCAUGAAGUAUCAAGGAGGUGAAUUUGUUGAGGUAAAGAGCUCGUCAUCUUAUAACAGCUCUAUGUGUCUACGUGACAUGAAAAAAGCCAUUUCUGCAGCGUUGGACUCCUGUAUUACCCAAUCAAAUGCUGAGGAGGAUGUAGUGCCCAGCCCACCUCGGCCAAGUCCCAGACGAGAUGUGACGGCCGCCGAAAACAGUUCACAAGGAAAGAGCGUCAGCCCUAAAAGCACACCUCCCAAGAGGGUAGUUGAGGAUAAUACAGGGACAAGUGAGGACAUUACAAGUGUAUCUGAGGGUAGUAAGGGUCAAACUGAUUCUCCUAAGAAUAAUAUAGGAUCCAAAGGCACGCAUACAGGAUCGAAAGGUGCACAUACAGGAUCCAAGGGCACACAUACAGGAUCCAAAGCUACGCCUGAGGUUCCGAAGCUAUCAGAAAAGUCAAAGAAAACGCCAGAAAAAGCAAAACAAAAAACCACAGAAGUGCCAAAAGAGAAACCUCAACCCGCCAAAGAGAAAAUUGAGGAAAAGCCAGAAAAACCAGCACAAACCAGAGUGAAAAAGAUAAAGGUACCUGAUGAGGAAUCCAUUAAGUUUGCAAACAGACAGCGAGAAAUCCAGAAAAUGAAGAAGGAAUUGAAAGAAAGAUUGAAACGGGAAGGAAAAGACGGUAGGGAAGAUUUUUAGUAUUAACCAAUUCAGCUGCAAUACACCCUGAUGCACCCUACUUUACUAUUUUACUCUGUCUAAUGCCAGAGUAUUUUACUCUGUCUAACGCCAGACAAUUUGACUUGUCAAGUGGAGAGUGCUGCCACUCAAUGGGUUAACCAAUUCAGCUGCAGUGCACCCUGAAAGACAAAUUUGGCCAACAUUGUUCACAUUGUCGCUACCCGACUCACAAUUUUAGAUAACUCUCAUGACUAGUUACUAUUGUUCUACAAUCUUGGACAUAACUGGUUGAGACUAUUUUCCCCUUAUAGAAAAUUCACAUAUUUUUUAUGAUAAACUCCAUGUUCAAUCAUGUUGCGCUCCUUAGCCGUCACUCCCCCAACUCAAUGUUGAGCUUGUGUCAUGGUAUAUUACCAAAAGUUGUUUCGGUGUUGUUCACAACAUUGAACUGGGGGGGGGAGACAAAGGUUGUUUUGUCAAUGUUCAAUAACUUUGUAAUAUUGGUUGGAACAGUCUCAAGGGUUUUGCGGCUUUUGCCCAAGAUUGUAGUUGACAGAAACAUAGAAUAGGACAAAGGUAACUAAGUUUUAGAAUUCUGUGUAAGAAUUAUUCACUCAUGUAGAUAAUUAUUCUGAAGUUUAGUUACUUUUGUUUUAUUCUAUGCUUCUGUAAACUAGAACAAUAAUAACUAUACAUGUGAGUUUUCAAAAGUUGUGAAUUUAGAAACAAAUGUUGGCCAAAUUUGUCUUUGCCCCCUACAGUACAUUACUUUACUCUGUCUGAUGCCAGAUGAUUUUUAUCCAUCAGGGGGUAGCAUGCAAAGCAGAUGUUAAACAGCAGGUCAUUGUUGUUUGUUAAAGGGUUAACUAGACACAUAGGAAGAUCAACCCAUUGAGCACCAACACUCUCUACUUGAUGAGUAAAAUCAUCUGGCAUUAGACAGAGUAAAAUAAUAUAGUAGGGUGCAAUGCAUCUUAAUGGGUUAAUUAACCCUUUAAGUGGCAAUGCGCCCAGAUGCACCCUACUUUAUUAUUUAACUAUGUCUAACGCAAGAUUAUUUUGCUCUGGCUAACGCCCCCCCUCCCCCCCGUCCCUCUUCCAAUACUAAUUGUAAGGGGAGGGGAUAAUCUAUUAAAAAGUUGAAUGCACCCUAUGCUAAUGUGGUCUACAAAAUUAUUUCACUCUGUCUAACGCCAGAUUAUUUUAGUCUGGCUAAUGCCAGACGAUUUUACUCCUAAAGGGGAGAGUGCUGACUCUCAAUGGGUUAAAGCUUUCGCCAUGAUUGUAGGACCGCCGAAUAUCUUACGCGAUUUAUUCAUUUCCAACCACCGCGCUUAACUGAAAAUUUCUCAACCACAGCUUUAUAUUCCAAUGACCUGUUUCCAUGAUUGCACAGAUACAGUCUAAACAUACCAGUUACCACAAAACAAUUGCAUAGUCCAAUUUUUCCAGUUAAACAAUUCGUUUGCCAGUAAAGAUGUCCAAACGCAAGUACUAUGAGCGACAAAUUAAAAUUUAUGCGGAUCUUCAGGCUCUUUGAAACAAAACAUAAAAUAGGUACACUAUGGCGUACGUAUCUUUAGCUCGACUCUGUAGUCCAAGUAACGCUUUUCGACUUGAAUUAAAUAGUACCGGCGUGGCCGCGUGGCGUGUGUAAAGUGAAAUACUUGUAAUUAAUUUAAUCGUUUUGCACUCUGAGUUUAGCAAAACGACCGUCAUUUGGGUCUGAACUGCCGGGAAAAAUCAAAAACAUUUCUAAUGUGUUUUUAAUCUUUUUUCAAGUAGUUGAGACACAAACCACGGCACAGUUAAUAUUGUAUUUGUAUCAUAUUGUGGAAUACGCACUCGACUUGUACAAUUGAACGAUUGAUUUAGCAAAACUUACCCAUUCAAUGGUCAUUUACACUGAUAAUUUUUUGUUGCGAGACUUUCGCAACAUAUGCAAAUUAAUAAGUUCUUUGUAGGUUUUUGCAUGGCGAUAAAACAUAUUAUAAUAAUACUUUGUGUUUGUGGAAACAUAUAGUACUUUUUGUUUGUUAUAAAUUUACGUGGUGUUUCCCACAAACAAAAAGUAUUAUAUAAUACCUUAUUGAAUUCUGAUCGUUUAAUUGGCUGUUUAUGGUCACGUGAUAUUGAAUAGAAAAUUCCAUUUUCCAAGAGUGCAAUGGAAUACGUUCCAUUGCACUCUCUGCGAGUGCAAUGGAAUAAAACGUAUAACAAUUGCACUCUUUGUGUUUUCGAUAAAUCGCAUCCUUCAAAAUGCUUCUCAUACGAAUCUAUUAGUCUAUUUUGGUAUUAUAUAAAACAAAUAAUGAAUGUUUUUUCGUGCAAUGGUGAUAAAUAUUUUCAUUCGGUGAAAGAUGGAAUGUUCCAUUCAACUCGGCUGUCGCCUCGUUAAAUGGAACAUUCCAUCUUUCCGCACCUCAUGAAAAUAUUCUUACCAUUGCACUCAUAAACAUUCAUUAUUUGUAUAUUAUAUGCAAAUUAGUGAUUACAUAUUGCUCCAAGUAGUUAACGAGAAAAGGAGAAUUUCGUCGCGCUAAAGUGGUCUCCAAUCAGUAUUGUUUAUGGGGCCGCGUGCUGGCUACAUUGGUUAAUCUUGCUUAUUUAUUAAGGUGUCGAUCCAGCCACACGUAUGAACGCCUGGGGACGAACAGUUGGUGUCACGUGCACAAUGUGUGGUAAUCACGUGCAAAAGUCAUACGGGUGUUUCCGACGUGACACAGCACCGGCGAAACUGGUUCAUCUCUUUACGCCUGGUAUGAACCGCAUCAAGAUAUGUCGACGAUGUCUGCCGUAUAAAAAACAAGCAGGGAAACCUGAACAAGAGAACAGGGUGGUAAAGCCCGGCUUAAUGUCCAUGCCUAAUAACCCCGAGGGAUUAAACCCAGGAACUAAUACCCCAAUAACAAUAGCUCCAUUACCUGACAAACCGGUUUCAGCCACGACCUUGAAUGCCAUCCACCGUAAGGUUACUGGGCAAGAAAGUACUGCUCGUGAAAACACCGCUCGUGUGAAUAUUAUUGCUAGUCACGUGAACAAUCCUGGUCUCAUGAACAAUCCUGCUGGCCUCGUGAACAAUGGCUCUGGUCAAAUGAACAAUAGCGCUGGUCACAUGAACAUAGAUUCCGCGCACGUGAACACUGAUUCUGUUCACGUGAUUGAUAUGACAGCUCCAGGCAUGCCAUCGGAAAUAGACUUAUCAGGAGAGUCAAGCAAAGGCUCGGCAAUAGAGUAUAUCAGAAAACUGGCGCUGAAUCUGAGGACCAAUUACAACGGGCAACAAGGAGACGGCAGCUUGGCGGGCAAUCAAGAUCUAGUGACCCCAGAGGAACAGAUUAUUAAAACACCAAUACUUGAACAUCUGUCCAACUUCACCCCUGUAACACCAUCAAUGAAUUUGGCAAAUGAAGUGACAACAAGUGUUAAUGUGCCUGGUGCUCAAUCAGCACAAUGGAAACCUGUUUUAAACCAAGUUAUACCAGUUAACCAACCGAUUACUCCUGAAAAUACAACAGGUUUUGUACAAAGAAGUGAAGGGAAUGUUAUACCAACCCCACCUUGGACCAGCUUACCUAUUGUUCUUACCUCCCGCGGCCAAGUACCACGUGGUUCAAAGAGUGCACCUAUACAAACCUUUGUUACAACGGCCAAUCAGAAAGAUCUAAAGUUACUUCCUGCAAUCAUGGUGCCAUCCCAGAGUGCAUUGCCGCGACAAGGUCCAGUCGUGCUCCAGAUUCAGCGUGUAAAGUUGGUACGCGACCGGCCGCCUGGAGAGAAGGCAGAGAGCAAAGGCAAGACAACAGAGGACAAAGGUAUGUGAGUUUAAAUAUUUUUAAGAACUGAAUAAUUCAUGUGGAAAGACAAAGAAAAUCACUACCUAUAUGUGAUAAAAAAAUCAUGUUCAUUUAAUCAUUUACAUAAACUUUAGCUUUCAUUUUCUCCGCUUAGACAACGUUUUAUUUUAAAAUUACUUUAACGCUCGCAGUUCGUGCUUUAUCAGAUAUGAAAUACUUGAGCUGUGCUCUCGCGUUUUAUACCUGAUAAGUGACAAAAUACUCCUGCUCGUGUUUUAAGUAGUACCAUGGAUUGUAAAAUAACUGGAUAGGAAACUUCCUGACGUCACAGUCUAAACCUAGUUGCAAUCUGUGACGUCACGUGUAUUGCCAAAGUUCUCAGCAUUUUUGUUCGGUUUCGCACCUGGAGAAAACCCACGACUUUCGGCAGAGCGUUGACUGAUUCUUUCCACAUGAGUCUAUAGCUUGUAUUUUUCAGUUAAUUGAAUCCCUCUCAAUGCAUUUUUAGAUCUAACCUGACCAAAAGAAUGUUUCUUUUCCAGGCAAACAAAAUGAAAUGGUUGAACAAUCUGAAAGUGGAUUCCGUAUAACAGACUUUGGUGGAUAUACUGGAAAUAUUUCAACCGGAAGCCAUCAACCACUACCUGAAGAAAUUUCGUCAACCGAAGUGGAAAAUUCUAUAAGUAAUUUUCUAUCGCAAGCUAAAGAAAUUUCACCUGCACAAGUGCAAACACCAACUCAUGGUAAUUUUCAAACCCUGACUGGUGAAAUUUCAUCUGCCCAAGUUGAGGCUUCUACUGUUGAUCUUGAGUCAAUAGCUGGCGAAAUGGUGUCGUGUGAUCAAGUGGGAACAUCUACUGAUGACAUUAAAAAAAUAACAGAAGAAAUCGCGUCUUUGAUUGAGGACGCGAGUGGAUAUACACAGGAUAAGGACGCGAACAUGGUGGAUGCAAUAGGACAUUUGGGUACAGAGCAAGACACAGAGCGUAUUGGACAAGACCAGUCUGAAAAAGCAUCAGAAACUUUGGAUAUUGUGGACCCCAAAAUCUUGGAAAGUGGUUUCCUUCAACCAAGUGAAGGUCUAGGAGACCAAAUACUUACAUCUGGAGGUCUGGGGAUCAGUUAUUCUCAGCACGAGCCUGCUGUCGUACUUUGUGGGUCAGCGGAUAUUACAAGCCAAGAUGCAACAAUGUAUCCAAGUGGAUAUGAGAUGAGUCUAGAUAGAGAUGGUGGUCAAGGAGGGAUACUUGGAGGUUCCACGAACAGUUGUGUGCGGAAUAUAUUUGAAAGUCAAAUUUCUGAAGAAUAUUUACCACAAGCGAAUGAUGAAAAAUUGAAUGAAAGAAGCAAGGUGAAUGACGUUGAUCUCGAAAAACUGAAUGAAAUGAACAAAUUGGAACAAGAAGCUGUCACGGAAUCUAUCAAAGACAGUGGUUUGUUGCCUGAAGAUGACCAUUCGGAGGAGAAAGAAUUGCCUGAUGUUCAUGAUGUAAAGAGCGCUUCUUCUGACGUCUCGGAGAGUAAAGAAAGUAAUUUGAGUGAAAACGAAUUGCAGGAUAUCGCAAGUCAAGAUGAGAAAUUGGAAGCAACGGGGGAAGAGUUUUCUAUGGAAAUGAAAGAAGAUGCUCCAAAAAUAGAAGAAAGAAAAGAAGACGUUGAGAAAGAAUCGUCACAGAAAGAUGGAAGUCAGGGAGAAGUCAGAAAAGAUAAAACUGAUUCAAAUACUACAACAAAAGCGAGCGAGAAACAAGCGAAAGCGAAAGAAAUAAGGACUAAAAUAGCCGCUGAAGAAAAAUCCAUUUCCUCUACUCUGGCAAUUGACGAGAAUAUUACAUUGGACCUGAGGCGAAGCCAAAGACGCACUGCAAGUCCAAGAAAACCGAGUCCAGGUAAGAGUCCGGCGAAACAAAUUGAACAAAAAGUUCAUGGGACACGACAGCAAAGGCAGAAACAAGCAGAACAUGGGGCGCAGAAGGAUAAGCCAGGACCACAGGCUGCGCAGAGGGGUAAGACGGAACGACAAGGAUCACAGAAGGAUGAAAAGGAACCUGAGGCAACCCAAGGGGUGAAAAGAAAGAGACAAGGUCGCGGGACAAAGCCAGCUAAAGUUCUAAAACAAUAAACAAGUAAACCAAAUUAAGAGUAGAGACGCAAAAUCGCGCAAAGCGUGUUGCCUUUUAACAUUGAAUAUUUUGCAGAUAUUCAGUAGAGUUCUAUUUGAACUAUGUCUAUGAAAGAUUUAAUUUCAUAUAUCUCAAUUUAAAGUUGAGUAUUACUACGAUAAAGAGAAUGCCAAGCACUUUGAUCUACUGCCGUCGUUCAGAAAGGGGGUUGGCUUUUUCAACACGAAUACAUCCUCCACGAAAAUUCAGUCUUCCCUAAAAAGCGUUUUCCACAUUCAGACAGCCUUUUGUGUCUGUUUAAUUAAUUUGAGCAAAAUUUAACUGAUGAGAUUUAAAACACGUUAAUUUUUAUUUGCUAUUGCGCGAUGAAAACAUGUUGAAUAAUUGAUGGAAAUCCAUAGAUUUUUCCCGUUAUAAGUCACUUUCUGAAAAGAACAGAGUGUUUGUACAUACACAGGUGGUAGAUAAGUGCUUGUUUGCGCAUUAUUCUGUAAUAUUUAUAUUUAUCCUAAAUAUUCCUCAAACGAGCUUGAUAUCUUUUUCUCGUUUGUUCGUGAAAUAUUGGAAUGCGACCAGUUUUGAUACGUUGUCACAUAUCUUAAAAAAGAGUUUCCAUUUUUUAGCCAAUAUUGAAACAUGUUAUGCUUGAGUUAGUAGUACAUGAGUGUCUUAUAAAUUAUAGUGGGACGUGACGUUGCUAUUCUUUUUUGUAAAUAUGCCAUUGGCUGUGUUUAGAAAUUAAAUACGUAAUAUAGUUUUGUGAAUGUUGAGUUUGAUUUUUUAUACUAACCAAAGGGGUCAAUUUACUUGAUUUUAUACUUAAAGAAAAUUUGCAAUGUUCUCUUGCCAAACUUCGUGCUGGCUACGCCCCAAGCCAAGUGUUAGUGGUGGACUUCUGUGUUGCACUGCAUCGAAUGCUCUGGAUGAACACAGUUAUAUAAACCAAAGCUAUCUUCACCACCAAGUAAGCACCAUUUCGGAUUUUCCACUGUAAACUCACAUUUUGUCGCAGACAUUCUUGCAUCGAUAUAAAAUGGAUAAACUGACGAUUGAUACAACACUGCCGUGCAAUUCGAACAAUGGUACCCUCGAAUGUUAACAUAAUCUACCUUCUUGCAUAUUCCAAACCCAUUGAACUUCAUGAUAUCAACAUCCGCUUUCGAACCUUGCAUAAAAUCUGUCUUUAUCGCUGUCAAAUUCUUAUCAAAAUCACAAGUGACGCGCCAUUUAAUUGAAUCGCUUUGUAUCGAUUCCAUGACAGCCUUACCGAGACGAUAUGAAAACCAGGAGUUUUUUACGAAAUUGUUCCGAAGUUUGCCAACAUUUUGGGGAAAAUCUGUGUAAAAUGGUUUUUGGUACAUUUUAUUAUGUUCUAAGCUGUAUGAUUGCAUUAAAGUCCACGAAAUGUUCGAAUCUUUUUCAAAAUCACAAAAAACUUUGAGCGUUUUAUUUUUGUCAUCAUGACUCGGGCGUAUAUCGUAGAUCCCCGGGAUGCGGGAUCCGUUGGCGUAGCCUCGGCACGAGGUUAUCCUGGUCUGGCAAUGUUCCCCGGUGUAGCCUGACGCACAUUUGUCACACUGUUUCCCUGUGAACCGCUCCGGGCAUUUGCACUUGAAACGAGCUCGGAUAUCUUCCGUUGGCGCACACGUGGCAUUAUUAUAACAUGGGUUUGAUGUUAGACAGCAAUUUAUUGAUGAUCUGCAUUGCCCCAUGGCAUCACAAUGUUCUUGCGGCUUCUGUU